AUGUCUCGAACUGUUUCUCUAGAGGGGUCCGUGAGGGAGGAUUUGGAGGUGGUUUGGGUGGUGAAGGAGGCGGAGGAGGAUCGAACGGCGCCGUCGGUGUGGAGUGGGGAAGAUUGGUGGUGGUGGUGGUGGAGAGGCGGCGUAGAGAGAGACGGUGGAGGAGAGGGGUUCGGAUGGUGCGAGGUAAAUGGGAGGCCAUUGUUGGUGGGCGAACGGCGGUCUGUUGGCCGGUGGGAUUUGUUGCAGACUCCUAGUAAGGAUGAGUUCCUCCUCAAGUUCGAAGCAACGAGCUUAAAUCUGAACGGGCUCGCCGCUCAUGCGCCCUUCUCUUCCCCGGAAGUUUCCUUUUAUUCCCGGCAAGCUUAUAAUUGCAACACCACAUGUGGUUUUCUUGUUCUAGUAGUUAUGCUUGCUCUCUAA